UCCUCGACCUCAGAGAAUCACUGUCAUGGACCAGGUUGCCUCGGAACUUGCCCAGUUCCUGCUGGCGCAACUCGCGACGUUCGUGAACCUCUGCCUGCAUCGGCACGCCCCACGCUGACUCAAGAGCUACGUCGGCCUCAUACGAUGUUCAGGAUGUCAGCUACCAGCCGACUGAUCGUCGGAAUCGCUGGAGUUCCAGCAUCUGGAAAGUCCACCUUGUCGCAGAUGCUCGCCGACCGCGCAAACGCUUUGCUAUGCGGGACCCCAGACCAGGAUGCUGUGGUCCUCAUUGGCCUAGACGGCUGGCACCUAACACGCGCACAGCUCGACCAGUUCCCAGACGCGAAACUAGCUCAUGAUAGGCGCGGUGCUCACUGGACUUUCGAUGGCCAGUCUUAUGUCGAGUUCGUGCGAGAGCUGCGAGUGCCGCUGAAUAUCUUGACUUCGGCUGCCGGGGGACGAGAAGCAGUUAUCUAUGCACCCUCAUUCUCCCACGAGCUCAAGGACCCAACACCCGGCGCGGUCAGCAUCCAGCCCAAACAUAGGAUCGUUAUCAUUGAGGGAUUGUACACGUUCCUUGACAUCGAGCCAUGGGCCGAGGCAGCCCAAUCGUUAGAUGAGAGGUGGUGGGUGGAGAUUGGUGAGAAUGAAGCCAAGGCGCGGCUAGUAAAACGGCAUGUCAUCAGUGGUGUCGCGAAGGAUUUGCAGGAAGCGGAGUGGAGGGCAACAGAGAACGAUGCACCAAGUACGUCAUCAUCUCUAUUCUCUGAGAGUUCUUCAACAGCCCUGUUCGCCGCAGACGGUCGCUUCAUCAAAGAGAACAUGUUACAACCAACCAGGAUUAUAUACAGUGUAAACGAUCCAGUGCUAAAAUCACCAAACCUGUCAUAGCUUGCGAAGCCGUACAGUGUACAAAUCCUGGUUCUAUGUCAUUUACUGAAGCAGACUAUGGAAACUUGCAUACUGAUCGGGGUCCCUGGAAAUAUAUUGACACAUCCAUCUUCACUGUUGCAUUACAAAUCCAUGCUAUUGAUACACGGGGAGGGCGAGGGGUGUACGAGAAGGCGUCCGUCAUUGUGCGAUCGAAGCAGCCUGAUUUGCGUCAAUUUUUCGCUCGGCGGUCACUAGACAGGGGUACGGUUUAG